AUGGUUGGUGUAAAUGGAAAUUUGGCUCAAGGAUCGGAGUACAUGAUUAGAACUUCAUUGAUAAGUGACAACAACCUUUAUUCUUUUCUGAGUGUAUCUACAACCAUUCUAACAAAAAUCAAUAAUGUCAUUGUGGAACCAAUCAAAUUACCACAACCACCAAAAAAUGUAAAAGGAUCAGAAUUAUUUAAUCAAUUAAAUGCAAAUAUAUUGGUAUGUGCUCCAAAGAAUAGUGGCAAGACUGUUGUUAUUAAAAAGAUUAUAGAUGAAUGUACUAAUAAACAAACCAAUGUUUUAAUUUUUUGUGCGACAGUUCACAAUGAUCAUAGUUGGUUGGAAAUUCAAAAAGAUUUGGAUAAAAGAGGAAUAACAUUUAUGGCAUUUACAAGUAUUUAUGAUGACAAGGCAAAUGUGUUGGAAGCAUUUGUUCAAAGUUUACAAGUAAAACCAAAUGAAAAGGAGAUUUAUUCUUUUGCAACCAAAGAGAAAUAUCAUUUUCUUUAUACAAGCAGAAAUGAUAAAAAUGAAGGGAGAAUGCUAGAUUCAGAUUGUAAAUCAAUGAUAUUUCAUCUAAUUAUCAACAUACUUAAUCCUGGUGCCAAAUAUAGAAACACCCACAUUGCCUCGUCCAAACGAACCAUUUUAUCAUCCUUUAAUGCAAGCGACAUUCAAUCGUCUUGUAUGUUUGGAAAGACCCCUGCCGAUCCAGGUGUCGCUGUUGUACAAUUUAAAAAUCAAGGGGCUUACGAUGAUGCUGUACAAAAUACAAUCUUUUAUCCACUGUCUUUUGGUGUUAACUUGUUGAUUGCAAAGGUAUAUUUAAAUAGAUAUAAAAAUCAAGUAUUGACAGUGAUAAAUGUACUAAACUUAUUCAAACCAAUAAACACAGUGAUAGAGGAACAACUAAUUCAACAAAAAGAAAAUUAG